CAUUCCUUUCAUUCAUUCAUAACUCGCUCAACGCGAAAGCCGGGCACUUCAUUCAAUAAUAAUCGCUCUGCUUUUCGAAUUCGACUGAAACACCUGCCUGGUCAUUUCUCGUUUUCAGCCGACGUACCUGGUAGACUUAACUUAAAAGAAUUUUGGUCCUUCGAGCCCACACUCUGCGUUUUUUCGGGUUGUUCAAUACUUGGGUGGUUCGUGCAUGGUAUUCCUGUGACACUUAAUGCAGUUGAUUUUUUUUCUGCUUUACUUUAAACCGUACUUAUUUUUUUUAAGUUAAUAUGGAUCGCAAGUGUUUUUUUGCAGUGGUUACUGGAUUCCUGACGUUGGUUUUUAAAAUUUCAUUUACGAAUGCUUCCUGCUACUUUUCUCAACAGUUCCAAGGAGAAUACGUCAUGCAAAACUCAGCGACUCCAAAUGUUGGAGGUGGAAUAGUGUACAGUGCCCUUACAAUUAGUCCCAAUGCCAUAUCUAUUUGGGGAAAUUGCCACAAAAGGAUUGGUAAUAAUGUUAUUUUAAUGUUCAACUAUACAGAUACCAGUUGCUAUACAUGCCUUCAUCUUAAGCUACGUUCACAAAACGUACUUCAAGUCUUUGCAUCUAGUAAAGAAAUAAUUUCAAAAUGCUUCACUAAUGAAGCAUCAGCUGAUGCCAACUGCCCUUCGCCGGAAUCACUUGAGGUCCGAGGUGAAACCGAAGAAAUUUUAUUAUUUAAAGUAAAAGAUGAUCAAGGAGCCUUCACUCAAAAGCAAUACUGUCCCAUAGAUGGAAAAUAUUACACCAACUACAAAGGGAGUAAGUCAAUGAGACCUCAUGAAUGCUCAGGGUUUUCAUCAACAGUCGACUCCUGCCCUUCUGGUUCUACCCUAAACUUUAGGCUGCGUAAUUGUACUUUUGAUAGUUAUGACUUAAGAUUUGAGUGCUUGGGGCAUUGGAAAGGACCUAAAGAUGAAACAUUCCUAGUCUUUACUGACAGCAGACAUUUAGAAGGGCAAAAAUCAAAGUACCGUUGUGCACUUUACAAACAAGAUGCAACUGGAAAAAUUGAGAUGGCAGUAAGUAGAGACUCUACCUGUACUUCUGAACUAUAUAAUUCAACUAGCGGAUUUGAAACAUUUGUGUUGGCACCGAAAACUGAAAAUCCUUGGCCUCCAGAGGUUAGCUUUGGAAUAUGCAGUUUUCCUAAAUGGAUGUUUGGGAGCUGGGAAUAUGUCCGAGUUGAAGGAGAUACUAUGGUAUACAAAGAUCAUACCUCUUUUAAGACAUAUACAAUCAAGUGCGCUGGCAUGCAAGAAAGUGGUGAGAAAUACUUAGUGUUCAGUAGAACGCAAUGUGAUGAGGAGUCUUUUAACUGCUUAAAAAUAGCCAGCAGAAGCAAAAAUAUAUUGGAAUUUCAACUUGGAAUGAAUUCUAGCGUUAAUCAAGACCCCUACACUCUCUGUGCUGAAGAAAACUUUGAUGAAAAUUCUUGGGUUACCCAAGGCAGAUUAAGUAACAUGGUACCCCAACAAAAUGGUCUAUGCCCUAUAACAGGAGAAUAUGCAGGACGCAUACCGGAUGCUCCUGACCUAUGUGCCAAGUUAUGGUCAGACUGUCGAGCUCCUGAUUUAAUGUAUUACCAAGUAUCUGAUUGUUCUUCCGGCGAGAUCUACGAAGAACGGGAAUACCAAUGUUUAGGCCAUUGGAGUGAGUCAAGUCUUUUAUAUACUUUUACAGAAAGAAGGGAUGUCGCUGAUGGCACCUAUGAAUGCUUUGUGGGGUCAAUUAUAAAUGAUAAGGAGUUUAGUAUUAAGGAAGCCGGGGAACAUUGUCAAAGGAAUAUAGAUCCAGUAAAAUAUGGAAUGAAGCUAACGAAAACCCAGUCAACAUAUUCUUGUAAAGAUAAAAGCACUACUAGAAGACCACACUUGCCCUCAAUACCAAAUAGAUUUAGCACUGCAAAUCCUAGGAGAACUACAGUUAAAAUGAUAGAAUCAAAUGCAAUACCUGACCUUCCGAGAAAAAGCAGUGGUUCAAAUCAAAUAUUGUCAAGUUUCCUCAUAUUUGUUACUUUGGUAAUGCUGUUUUUGGAAUAGUUAUUGCAACCCGGAGUAAAUCAGCGGCUAUAUUAGAAUUGAACUGAAGACUACAUCACCCAAGCGCUUUAAAGUUAAUAACGGAUUUUAAAAUAUUUUAGUAUGUCCUAUAUGAAUAAAUAAUAAUGUCCUACAUCGAACUUUAUCUGUAGUUAUUUUACAGAUCUUUAGUUAAGACAUGAGUUUCUGACUUUUAAACGUAACUAGAGCGCCGUAAAAAACUAUAGAAUGUACUUAGCUAAGUACAAAUUAUUUGUUAUGUUAGUUAUUUAUGUGUGUAUAUGUUGUUAUUAGUAUUUUUUAUCCUAGCUGUAUGUAUUUUUUAUUUAUUUUCCUUUGUCCUGCAGCCAAAUUUUACAGGUAUUACUCUUUUCAGGACAUUAUAAAUGUCAUUUAUGUUUAAAUCCUAUAUAAAAUCUUGCCCUCAUUUAUACCUAAUUACUUAUUGUAUAUUAUCCUCCCUGUUUGAUAAAGCUUUUUUGUAAUAUAUCAGAAUCCAAGGCCACCAAGGUCCAAGCAAUGUCUGAAUAUCAGCGAAUGUAGUUGAAUGAAUCUAAAUGUGUGUGUAUUUUUUGGCAUAAUUUCAAACCUAUUGUGAUGUAUAUUUUAAUUUAUUUUAUAAGAAUAUAUGGUAAAUAUUACGAAUGAAAUAUAUUUUGACUUUUUCUAAA